GUUCAUUUCAGGCGUAUAAAACAGAGCAGACUGAGAGACGUGGGCUGUUUGUGUGUGUGUUUGUUUAAAGGACAAAGAAGGAAAAUUUGACCAAGGUGCAAAUGUCUAAAGCUGGGAUGAGAAACACUGUGUCUCUGAAGGCUGGUCAUCCACCUGCAGUAAAAGCAGGAGGAAAACGAGUGGUCAAGAAAAACAGCGAGGAUAAUGGAACCCCAGAGAAGGAAAGCAAGAGGGCGGAUAAACCCAGGUCAUUGACCACCUUCUCCCGGAUGCAGCAGAUGGGUAUUCUAAUGGCAGGCCCGCUAGAGAAGUUGGGCCAUGAUUUCCCAGAGACUCCAGUUUCAGUGCGGCAUGGGAAGCAAAGGCCCAGUGUAGAAAAACUGCACAUGCAGCGCUGCUUCUUCAUCCAGCAGCCCCGCAAGUGUUGAGCCAAUACAGCUAACAGCUGAAGAACCAGGAUGUAUUUAUAGGUGCGUGCAUGCAAAGUGAACAGGAAGUGUGUGUGCUUAAAGCUAAAUGGUGCAUAUCAAGGACCUGACACACAUUUCAUAUUUGAAAUCCUUGACUCCUUGCUUGAUGACUUCUUCUAGGCUUUCUAAGCUUCUCAGAGCUUUGCAGGACUCCUUUGUGUAAAUUCUUUUCGUGUAAUGCAUGUAAGCUGUUUUUAUACUGGCAUAACACAGCUGGUAGUCUGAUUACCUUGCAGAAAAGAAUGCAUGAGCUCAUCUUUACUCUUUGAAUAAAUGUGUUGCAUUACUUAAA